CGCUCUGCGCAUGCGCAGAGAAGACUGGGCGAGGAGCGGGCCGGCGGGGCUGCAGCUCUGGCUGGCUUUGGGAGCCCGAGCUACUUCUUACCCUGUGCAGCAAAGGCUCUUCGAGUGAUCGAUUGCUUAUAUCCUAUGAAGGAGUUUGAGAACAAUAUAUACAAAGGAUAUAUAAAAAUGAUGACAAAUAUAGUUGUUCUGAGCCUGAUCCUUUUCAUGUCUUUAUCUUUCUGGAUUAUGUCCAUGACAGCAAGCACCUAUUAUGGUUCCUUACACCCUAUUUCUCCAUGGCGAUGGCUGUUUUCUGUGAUAGUUCCUGUUUUGAUUGCAUUUAAUGGUUUAAAAAAGAAGAGUCUGGACCACACUGGUGCCUUGGGAGGAGUUGUAGUUGGAUUUAUCUUGACCAUUGCAAAUUUGAGCUUUUUUACUUCUUUGAUGACAUUUUUCAUUUCUUCCUCAAAACUGACCAAGUGGAAAGAAGAAGAAAAGAAGCGUGUAGAUCCUGAAUAUAAAGAAGGGGGGCAGAGAAAUUGGAUUCAAGUUUUCUGUAAUGGAGCUGUACCUACAGAGCUGGCAUUGCUCUAUAUGAUUGAAAAUGGGCCAGGUGAAAUCUGCAUUGAUUUCUCCAGACAGUACACUGCUUCCUGGAUGUGUUUGUCUCUCUUGGCUUCUUUGGCCUCCUCUGCAGGAGAUACAUGGGCUUCUGAAAUUGGCUCUGUUGCAAGUACUACCCAACCAAGGCUGAUAACAACUUGGCAAAGAGUUCCUAUUGGUACCAAUGGAGGGGUCACUGCGGUAGGCUUUCUCUCCAGCUUUCUUGGUGGGUCUUUGGUGGGCAUUGCCUAUUUCUUUUCACAGCUGAUUUUUGUGAAUGAUUUGGAAUCUUCUGCUCCCCAAUGGCCAGUUGUUGCAUUUGCAGGAAUGGCUGGUUUAUUAGGAUCAGUUAUUGAUUCAUACUUAGGAGCAACAAUGCAGUAUUCUGGUUGGGAUGAAAGUACUCACACAGUUGUCAGCCAACCAACGGGUGAGACAAAAUACAUAUCGGGAAAGCCUAUUCUUGAUAACAAUGCUGUGAACUUGUUUUCUUCGAUCCUCAUUGCUCUCUUGCUUCCUAGUGCGGCAUGGGCUCUCUGGCCCAUAGAAUGAACAGUUGUCAAUUUCCAUCAUUUGGAGACUAAAACAGUCUAGUUGUACUUUGUGAUUCCAAGAUUUAACCUCAAAACAAUCAUUUCACCCACCUUACAUGUAGGGAUUUAAUUAACUUUGCAUUUUAUCUUCCCAUAAUCAUAAGCUGGAAACAUUUCAGAAAAGAAAAUUCUAUAGGAAAAAAAACAAACAUAUCUUCCAGGACCUAAGCAUGCAGCUUUCCAAUUGAAUAGAGCUGUUGGAGCAAAAAGAGGUUUUAAAUAGAGUGGAGUUUUUUUUGUUGUUGGGUUUGGUUUUUUUUUUUUUUUAGUAAGAAUUUUUUGUAUUGGUUUCUGGAGCUAAAUACAUACAUCUGUGGCAUCCUUGAAUUUUAACAUAGAAGAGGGACCAGAAAUUGCAUGAAGAAAUCUUAACUUCUCAUAUAAAAACACUGCUGUGCCUGCUACUGGCUUACCAUAUUUGCAGUGAUUUAAACAAAUAUGUCUGUGGAAACAAUUUUUGUAACUCUAGAUUUUCCUAUGGUUUUUCAUAAAUCUACCAUACAUAACUGUCCUAACUUAAAUAAUGUUUUUAGAUCCUAAUAAGCUGUAUCCAUAUAAAAGCAUUCUUAUUUCUACCUGUUUAGUGGGAAAAGUUUAAUAAAAUGGGUAGUUACACUUUCUUUUGUCUUCUCACAAUGGGGGGGAGGGGAGACUUGACUCCUAAGGGUAAAAAAAAACCAACCCAGAUGUCUUGCAUGUGUUUUAAUGUAAAUCACAUGUACCCUA